AUGAUCUCUAACCUAGCUGGUAGUGAUGUAUUGGGUUUUAUAACCCAUAGUGGGGUGAGAACCACUCGGGGAAACAGAAAAGACGUUGACAACAAACCUAAUUUUUACCCCCAUAAUAUCCAACACUUAUUACCUGCAUCUCCUUCUCAAGAUCUCUGUAUAAUCAUUAAUCACCAUACCUAUUCUGUCGGUGUCCCAACUCCGCUUCCCAUCUGCGCAUCACCACCAAAUACCAUAUCCAGGUAA